AUGGCCUCCAAAACCUUGCUUCGUCGUUGUUCUUCUUCUUCUGAAACGGUUACGAAAACCAAAAUCUCAUCUUUGUUCACAAAACCAGGUAAAGUGACUACAACUAAACCACCAGAUUCAGUUCAUAACGUUGAAGAGUUAGCGAGGCUUGAUAAAUUUCUUCAAAAGGAUUGUAAAGAAGCCUCGUUGAUGGGUUGUAAAAAUGGAAUGCUUGAAAUUGUUUUAGAGUUAUUUCACAAGUUGCCUCAAAAAGGCCUAAUGCCAGACGUUGUGACGUAUUCCAUCUUAAUCCGUGGGUUUUGUAAAGAAGGGAAACUAGAAAAGGCAUAUGACUUGUUAUCAGAUAUGGAAAGCAAUGGUUGCACUCCAAAUGUUGGUUCUUUCAUACUCUUAUGCGAGGUCGAGUUUGUGAUGGUUUGUUGUUUUUGGGAGGAUUUUGAGGUGGGGUUUAACCCAGAUGCUGUGACUUUUACUUCUUUGAUUAAAGGUUUGCUUUGGAGAAUAUGGAUACGGAGGCUACGAGGUUGUGCAAGAAAAUGGCUAUGUUGGGCUAGGCUUGACGUGAUUAUGUAUGUGACUCUUCAUUCAAGGAUUUGUCGCACAAGCAACACGAGCGGUGCGCUUUGA